AUUUCAGAUUCCAGCUUCCAUUCGGGGUACUCUGUCGAGCGUCAUCGGACCGGCAUUUAUUGGACCGGGCUGACAGAACAAAACUCCAUAUCCAUCCGCACAGCUCCGCGCCGUCCUCGUAUCCCGCCUGGUGACACAGAAGUCGACGGUGUGUGCAUUGAGGGCAUUGGGCCUCCCGUAAAAAAAAUUAAAAAAAAGGCCUGUCAUGUACAGGUUAGGCCUAGUUAGCCGAGCCCGUCACCGGAUGGCUUGACCACGGGGGGCCGGCUUCCAGCAAUCCCCAAUUUCCAUGCGCCGAGGGGCAAUGCAAUGGAAGCCUGGACCGGACCUGGGCCCGUUGAACUCCUUCACCAAAGAUGCUUGGCGAGACAAAAUUUCCACAUCAGCAUGCUGGCAACACUUCAGCCCAUCGCUGACCAUGGCGUUCUCCGAUUAUCCGGCCCCUUCACCGAGCAAUCCUUCGACGGUCUCGCGAGAAUAUGUGCACGGAGUAGCUUUGGAGAGUCUGAGUGGACGGUUCAACAGCGGAGAGUUAGUCCUGGUCUGAGAAGAAGUCAUAACCCAGCAACAAAAUGUCAGAAAUGCCCUCAAAAGCCACCCCACUGAGAGAAAAUCUUAUCAUAGCGCUUGUCAUUUCCCCUGGUUCCAGUUGGAGUGCCGAAGAAGGGAUUGGUUUUUUUGAACCACCCACAUCAACAUCACCACAUCGGCCCUCAUUCGUUGGCUGCGAGUCCCGCCGUCAACCAAGAUCAGUCGGACCACACCAACUGCACCUCCGUACGCAAUAUUGCCGCUGCAUUUCUGGACUGGAAGUCUUGAUGUGCACCACACCCCUGUCUCAAUGACCCACCCCUUUCGACGAUGGAAAAAAGAACCCCUGCAAUCUGUUGUCUCUGUCGAACGAGAUGACCCACCAGGUCUCUCGCUUCUUUCCAUGCCCAGACCAGGUGCUUGCUGGGCUCGCUGGGCUGGCGCAAGGGCCCAGCCAGUCGCGCGCUCCAAAGGAGUGUUAGCUUUGCGGGGGGCCCUUGUUCCGCCUAUUCCUAGCAGAGAGAGGAGCAGCGUUGCUGUCUGUGCAACCUAUGGUUCGCGAUGGCCAUUUCCGCAAUGCGCCCACAUCGUGCCCUCGGCGAGCGAGAAAGUGAGAUGGAUCCUGCCGUACACCCCUCCCCCCGCUGACAGUUUGCGAUGGUGAUACAUAUAGAGAUGGCCUCCCCCACACGUCUUCGAUGGCUUUUCCUUCUUUCUGCCAUUCGGCUAACCCAACCCUGUCAUUCGUUUUAGUCGGUGUUGACGUCCUUCACUGGGCGUACAAGGCUUCACCAUGAAGUCCUCACCAUCCAAGACCCUUCUCUCUUCUCUCCUCGCUGCUUCUUUCGCCACCCUUUCACUCGCUCAACUUUCAGUCCCUGCCACUCUUCCAGGACAAUGGCAGUAUGAGGGCUGUUACACAGAUAUUCCGGGGCGGACCCUCACCGGCGGCGGCUAUGUCAACGGCACCCAUAUGACCGCCGAGACAUGCAUCAGCUAUUGCCAGACCCGAGGCUUUAAGUUUGCUGGAACUGAGUACAGCGUAGAAUGCUUCUGCGGUAAGAGCAUUGCUCCUGCGGCUGCCCAAGUUGCGGACUCGGUCUGCAACAUGGCCUGCUCUGGAGACGCAACGCAGCCUUGCGGUGCGGGAAGCAGACUCUCGCUCUAUUCCACCACCGAAGACUUGGGUCCCAAGGCCAACCCAGGCGUAAAUGGCUUCACACAUAUGGGGUGCUACUCUGAAGGGACGACUGGCCGCACACUCACACACGGGAUCGGCAGCAUUCCUGCUGGUGAGAUGACUGUUGCCAAGUGCACAGCUGCCUGUGCUGCGGCCAACUACAUUCUUGCUGGCGUUGAGUAUGGUGGAGAGUGCUUCUGCGGUAAUACUAUCUCCAACGGCGGUGCCCCUGCUGCCAGCGGCUGCAGUAUGACGUGCAACGGCAACACUACCGAGUUCUGCGGUGGCCCCAGCCGCCUCAAUGUGUACAACUACCAGAACCAGUACACCCCGUCGUCAACUUCCAGCCCUCCUGCCGCAGCCACUACUGCGACUACGGCGACAGGCACCGUCUCUACCGGACCCCCUCCCCCUCCUAGCCCUACUCCUUCUGGGCCAUCACAGCCCGCCGCGGUCGGAGAUGACUACGUCUGGUAUGGAUGCUACACCGAGUCUCCCGGCCCUCGUGCCCUGAGCGGUGCCACCUAUGCUUCCGACGAUAUGACCCUCGAGUCCUGCCAGGCCUUCUGCUCUGCCUACACCUACUUCGGAACCGAGUAUGGCAGGGAGUGCUACUGCGGCAACAGCUUCACUGUCGGCUCCGUUGUGGCCCCUGCCGGUGAAUGCAGCAUGCUCUGCGCCGGCAACCCCUUCAACUAUUGUGGCGCCGGCAACCGUCUGUCGGUUUAUGCCAGGAACGGCACUUCCAUUCCCUCUGGCACAAACACCUCCGCUGCGCCAACCACGACCUCGCCUCCUCUUGUCGUCACUGGCCUUCCCGAAGGCUGGAGCUAUCAGGGAUGCUGGAUCGAUGGUGCUCAGGGCCGCAUUCUCCCCGUUCAGCUCGUCGACAGCCCCACUAACAGCCAGAGCGAGUGCGCGAGCCGCUGCGUGGCUGGCGGCUACAAGAUCAGCGGUGUCCAGUACACUCAGCAGUGCUUUUGCGGCAAUGCCAUCUUCAAUGGCGGCGUGACCACUUCCGAGUCUCAGUGCAGCAUGAACUGCCCCGGCAACCCGACCCAGAAGUGCGGUGCCGGUGACCGCAUGAACAUCGUCUCCGAGGGCGAACCUGAGAUCUACCAGCCUCCUGCUCCCCAGGUCCGCGGUCUCAACGGCUCGUGGGAGUACCAAGGCUGCGUUGAGGACAACGUCAACAACAAGCGCACCCUCUCCUGGCAGCUUUUCUUCCCUGGCGUCAUGACGCCUAACAUGUGUCUGAACAGGUGCAGAGAGUUCGGCUAUGCCGCUGCUGGUCUUGAGUACGGUGAGGAAUGCUACUGCGGUGAUCCCCCCAACAUUGCUGCCGCUGGCGCUACCUUCCGCCCAGAGACUGAGUGUGCCAUCACCUGUGCUGGCAACGCUUCGGCUAUUUGCGGUGGUCUCGGUCGUCUGACUACCUACUUUUGGACUGGCACCCCCCUCUACAGCUGGGGCUUCCCUCAGGAUUACCGUGCCGGCCAGUACCAGCACUUGGUCAACGGUGUCAACUGCCCGCUCAUCACUCAGGAGACCAUCACCGGCAAGGUCUCCUUCAUCUCCAAGGGUGGUACCGGCCCUGGCAACGAGACUGGUGUCUACGAGCUCGAUAUGCAAACCCUCACUUUCCGUGAGCUUCACAUCAAGACCGAUGUCUUCUGCGCUGCUGGCGUGACCCUCCCCGACAAGGCUGGUCGUCAACUCAAUGUCGGCGGUUGGUCCGGUGAGUCUCUCCAGGGCACCCGCAUCUACUGGCCUGAUGGAUCCCCCGGCGUCCCCGGCACCAACGACUGGGAGGAGAACGUCUGGGAGCUCAGCCUGCAAAGAGGCCGCUGGUAUCCCACCGCCAUGAUCAUGACCAACGGCUCCAUCCUCGUCAUUGGUGGCUCCAUCGGCGCCAACGACGCCGCCGAGCCCACCAUCGAGCUCCUCCCCGCCACCGGUGCUGCCCCAUUGGAAAUGGAAUGGCUCACCCGCACCCACCCCAACAACCUCUACCCCUUCCUCUCGGUCCUCCCCAGCGGCGGCAUCUUCGUCCAAUACUGGAACGAGGCCCGCAUCCUCGACCCCGUCACCUUCGCCACAAUCAAGGUCCUCCCCAACGCCCCCGGCGCUGUCAACGACCCCAAGGGCGGCCGCACCUACCCUCUCGAGGGUGCCGCUGUCCUCCUCCCCCAGCGCUGGCCAUACACCGACUACCUCGGCUACCUCGUCUGCGGUGGUUCAACAGAGGGCACCUCCAACGCGCUGGACAACUGCGUGUCCACCUAUCCCGACGCCCCCAACCCCGUCUGGACCAUCGAGCGCAUGCCCUCCAAGCGCGUCAUGUCCUGCAUGUCUCCCCUCCCCGACGGAACAUACCUCAUCGUCAACGGCGCGCAGCAUGGCGUGGCCGGUUUCGGCCUCGCCAACACCCCCAACCUAAACGCCGUGCUCUACGACCCCACCAAGCCCGUUCACAGCCGCAUGACCGUCAUGGCCAACACCACCAUCCCGAGAAUGUACCACUCCGAAGCCAUCACCCUCCUCGACGGCCGCGUCCUCAUCUCGGGCUCCAACCCCGAGGACGGCGUCUACCCCGAUGAAUACCGCGUCGAGGUCUUUGUGCCCCCUUACCUCCUCAACGGCCUCCCUAGGCCAACUUUUGCGAUUACAAACAAGGACUGGACAUACAACCAGACCAACAUCCCCUUUACCCUCGGCGUCGCGGCAAGGAACGGCCCCAUCACUGUUACUUUGUUGGCGUCGGUCUCUUCCACGCAUGGCAACUCCAUGGGCGCGAGGACGCUCAUGCCGAGGGUGAGCUGCGCGGGGACGGCGUGCACGGUUGAUGCCCCCCCCAACGUCAAUAUUGCUCCUCCGGGGUGGUACCAGAUGUUUGUUUUGGAUGGCGGUGUUCCGGCGAUUGGAAAGUACAUUCGCAUUGGUGGUGAUCCAGGGCAGUUGGGUAACUGGCCUGAGGGGCCUGAUUUUUCGAGGCCGGGGAUUUAAACGGGAGUUGUUUCAUGUCUGGGCGGUCUCGCUACAUAUGUACAUGGAGAUUUCUUUUACUUGUUAGUUUAGGGCGAACUUUUAUGUGGUGGAAAUCCCCCAUUUCAUGACGUUUUGCUUUUUUGGCUUAAUAUAUAUACCAUAAUUGCUAUCUGUUUUUGUCUUGCUUUUGGGUCUUCUUGGGAUCGGGGUAUGCGUCUUUCUUGCUCUGCAUUUGAUGUCGGCUUCUCGUCUAUCACUUCUCAUGGACCGGCGUAGUGGAGGAUGAUAUCACUUUGUUGCAUUCACUUCCAGAGGGACCCGGCGGCAACACGGGCGUUUACAAUGUCAAGUUUCACCAUUACACAGGUAGCUAUUUCACUCACUCGAAUAUCAAUACACACAGCAUGAAUGCCAUACCA